AUGGCAGCGCAAUCGAAGCUUCCUUUCCUCAGGGACCGCACCAUCCGCAGUAUACUUACCGACCUGACCCAUUGGUACCUGUCUCACCGAACGCGCAUUUCCCGAGCCGUCUGGAUCACCCUCUUCGUCGCCCUCGCCAACCGAAUUCGCCAUGCCAUCUCAGAGCAAAAAGCCGCGUCGCAACGUGGCGCCGAGCAGAGGGCCGCCAGGAGAGGCACCACCUCGACCAGCGAUGGCCCCGACAAGCCAAAGAAGCGAGUCGAGUUGAACCGCGAGUUCUUUCGAUCGCUGCUGCGGCUGCUCAAGAUUGUUGUACCAGAAUGGCGAAGCAAGGAAGCCCGCCUGUUGAUUAGCCACAGCUUCUUCCUCGUGCUACGAACCCUCAUCAGCGUUCGUGUAGCCGAAAUGGAUGGUGCGAUCGUCAAGGCGCUGGUCAAGGGACGAGGAAAGGAGUUCCUCCAGCGCAUUGUAUGGUGGAUGCUCAUCGCCAUCCCUGCCACAUUCACCAAUUCCAUGUUAUCAUACCACCAAGCAGAGCUAUCAUUAGCCUACCGAGCGAGACUUACACACCACAUCCACGAUAAAUACUUAUCCAAGCUAACAUUCUACGGCAUAUCUGCCUUGGAUGAUCGUAUAAAGAACGCCGACCAGCUCAUUGCAGUCGACGUGUCAAAAUUCUCAAACAGUUUAGCCGAGUUAUACAGCAACCUGGCCAAGCCAAUGCUCGACAUGAGCAUUUACACCUACUCCCUUUCCAAGAGCGUUGGCGGCGAAGGCGUUGUAUUCAUGGCAAGCCUUGUUCAAUUAUCAGCUAACGUGAUGAGGGCGCUGACGCCUCCGUUCGGAAAAUAUGUUGCUGAUGAGGCGAGACUGGAGGGUGAGUUUAGAUACCAACACUCCAGACUCAUCGACUACAGCGAAGAAGUGGCCUUGUAUGCUGGCCACAAUGCCGAGAAGGAUACACUGGACAAGGGGUACUUUACACUCAUCAAGCACGUGAACUACAUCCUCCGGCGCCGUUUCUACCACGGAUUCAUGGAGGACUUCACCAUUAAGUACUUUUGGGGCGCCCUCGGUCUUAUCCUGUGCAGCAUCCCCGUCUUCGUCAAGAUCCCUGGACAAGUUGCUAUGACCAUGGGCGACAGGACGGAAUCUUUCGUCACCAACAGGCGCAUGCUUCUGUCAGCAUCUGAUGCGUUUGGACGUAUCAUGUUCUCAUACCGUGAAAUCAUGGAAUUGGCAGGCUACACCUCGCGUGUGGCUUCCUUGUUGGAUGUGAUGGAUGAUAUCCAAGCUGGUCAUUUUGAGAAGAAGCUUGUUUCAUCCUCUAGCAUUGAGGACAACGAGGCUGUUUUGAAAGGCCGAGGAACGAUCCAUGAGAGCAAAGACAUAACUUUCAUUGACGUGCCGAUCAUCUCACCCAAUGGAGAUGUCCUGAUCAAGGCUCUGUCUUUCGAGCUGAAGCAUGGGGAACAUUUACUCAUCGUUGGCCCCAACGGUUGCGGUAAAUCAUCUUUAUUCCGUAUCCUUGGUGGACUCUGGCCAGUGUAUGGCGGCACAGUAUAUAAGCCUCAGUUCAGCGCUAUCUUCUACAUUCCUCAGCGACCAUAUCUAUCUCGCGGAUCCCUGCGGCAGCAAAUCAUUUACCCCGACUCUUUACGCCAGAUGCGCUCUCGUGGCGUGACCGAUGCUGACCUUCUCUCUGUUCUUAAGAUUCUCGGUCUUGAGCAUCUCGUUGAUCUUUACGACGAGGGUUGGGAUGCCGAGGCUGAGUGGCGAGACGUCCUCUCUGGUGGACUUCAGCAGAGGGUCGCCAUGGCUCGACUUUUCUACCACCGACCAAAGUAUGCCAUAUUGGAUGAGUGCACCAGCAGUGUGACUCUGGAGAUAGAGAAGACCAUGUAUGACAACGCCAAGGCUCUGGGCAUCACUCUUAUGACUGUGAGCCACCGACGUAGUCUGUGGAAGUACCACACGCAUAUUCUCCAGUUUGACGGCCAGGGCAACUACGUCUUCACCAAGUUGGAUGCCGACAAGAGGCUGAAGCUUGAGAACGAGAAGGAGGAGCUUGACGUCAAGCUGAGGCAAGUGCCUGAGUUGGAGAAGAGGAUUGCUGAGUUGACUGCUGCUUAA